UUUUUUUUCUUCUUUCUGGGGUAGCUUAUAUUUAUUGGUUUCAUUAUGACGAUGGGGGCAAAAAAAAGUGGGAGUCUUUCUUUCUUGUAACUUCAACAAACGGCAGCUUCUUCAAUUCAAAACAAAACUCUCUGGGGUGUUGGUGUUGGUGAGGGAUCUGAGGCAAAGGUGUUGAUGAUAUGGGAGCGUGUGUUUCAACUCCACAAGGGUGCGUGGGAGGGAGGUUGAGCUCUUCCAAGAAGAAAACCAGAAAGAGAAGGAGAGAGGGACUCAGAAGAAGAGUUACUUCUCGGUUGUGUAAGGAAUCAUCGGAGAAAGUUGAUGUGGCAGGGUUGCCUGAUUGUUCCUUUGCUAACCCCACUUUCCAAGCAGGAAGUAUUGAAGAGGCAUGGUUUGAUUCCAUUGCAGUAUUUGACUCUGACUGUGAUGAUGAUUAUCAGAGUGUUCCUGAUGAUGUUGUAUCUCUGAGUGGGAUUGAAGGUGGAUCUGUAUCAAGUUUUCCGUCUUCAAGAGAUGCCACCCGUGGAGUUUCCACAGAUCAGGUUCAGAAACAGAAGGAGUUGUUGGCAGGAUCCGAGGCAGCCAGAAGUUCAGAUGUCCAAUAUUUUGGUGUAGAUGUCAUUGAUUCUCAACGUGAGCCUGUGUUCCUUGAUGAAAUAUCCUCAGUGGAUGCGAACUCCAACAAGGAUGAUGGACUUUUGGAUAAUUGCGGGAUUCUUCCAAACAAUUGUUUGCCAUGUCUUGCGUCUACCAUUCCUUCUGUUGAAAAGAGAAGAUCAUCAAGUUCUAGUCCUCCUAAUGCAAGGAAGAAGGUUCCUGCAAAACUUUCCUUUAAAUGGAAAGAAGGACAUGGGAAUGCUACUCUAUUUUCCUCUAAGAUGCUGCUACAAAGACCAAUAGCAGGUUCUCAAGUGCCCUUUUGUCCAAUUGAGAAGAAAAUGCUUGAUUGUUGGUCACAAAUUGAUGCAAGCACUUUCAAAGUUCGAGGAGUAAAUUAUUUCAAGGACAAGAAAAAGGACUUUGCUCCCAAUUAUUCUGCAUACUACCCAUUUGGUGUAGAUAUUUUCUUGUCUCCACGGAAAGUUGACCAUAUAGCUCGGUUUGUGGAACUUCCUGUUAUGAGUUCCUCCGUGAAAUUUCCUCCCAUACUAGUUGUAAACGUUCAGGUUCCACUCUAUCCUGCCACACUUUUUCAAGGAGAAACUGAUGGCGAAGGAAUGAGCAUUGUUUUGUACUUCAAACUUUCGGAAAGUUACUCCAAGGAACUUCCACCGCCUUUUCAAGAAAGCAUCAGAAGAUUGAUGGACGAUGAAGUUGAAAAGGUAAAGGGUUUCCCUGUAGAUACAAUUGCACCCUUCAGGGAAAGGUUGAAAAUAUUAGGCCGUGUCGUCAACCUGGAAGAUCUUCAUUUGAGUGCUGCAGAAAGGAAGCUUAUGCAGGCUUACAAUGAGAAGCCAGUUCUUUCACGUCCCCAACACGAGUUUUACACGGGGGAAAAUUACUUUGAGAUUGAUUUGGAUAUGCAUAGAUUCAGUUAUAUAUCCAGGAAAGGGUUUGAAGCUUUUCUGGAGAGAUUAAAGGUUUGCACUCUAGAUGUUGGCCUCACAAUUCAGGGGAACAAACAAGAGGAGCUGCCAGAGAAUGUGUUAUGUUGUAUUAGAUUAAACGGCAUUGAUUACAUGAAUUACCAACAACUGGGGCUAACUCAGGACCCCCUCUGAUAUAAAAAAAUAACAAGCAUUUGCAAUCUUUCAAUUUAUGAUUAAUAAUAGUCAUUUCUAGAAGCGAUUCUUUCUGUGUGCACCUUUUUUAUUAUUAUUGCAUAAAAUUCACUUGAGUUUAAUGAAACUCAAUCAUGUGAAUUUUAUUUAAUAAUAAAAGUACGUUAAAAAAAUGUUACUAGUAUUUUUUUUAUCAAUUAUAGAGACAACAUGCGUGUGAUUAAAGAUGAUGGCAACUUUGUGUAAGAUGCCGGCUUCAAAUUAA